UUUUCCCCUCCCCGCCGCUCGCUGUCGCUCCUCCGACUCCCAUUUUCAUUAUUCGAUACUCUUGCGAGGCAUUCGCCCUUUCCCGCCGCUCGCUGUCACUCCUCCGCCUCCCGUUUUCAUUAUUCGUUACUCUUGCGAGGCAUUCGUGUUUCUCCGAUUCGUCUUCUCAAGAGGAAGCAGGUUUUCUUUCCCUCGCGUAUUCACAGUCAUGUUGUUGCUUCGUCGGAUCAUUAGAGUCAGGCAGCCAUCAUCAGUCUUUGCUCACGGAUUUUCUGAAAGUCCGUUGAAAUCUCUCAGAUACUCGUCGACUUCUUCUGUGAUCGCAUCAUCUCCAAAAUCUGCAUCGCCGGAUUCUAAUUCUGUCAAGCCAGAGAACGAUGAGAAGCCUGUAAUCGUGCUCUUUGAGAAUCAUGGAUUCUCAAAAACACAGAUCUCUGAGAUUGUCAAGAAAUUCCCUCAAGUUCUUUCAGCGAACCCCGAAAAGACGCUAUUGCCAAAAUUGUUGUUCUUUCAAUCGAAAGGCCUUUCUUCCCCCGAGAUUGCCAAAUUAGUGUGUAGUUUUCCUUCGAUUUUAGCGCGAAGUUUAGACAGAAAAAUCAUUCCAGCUUUUGAUUACAUUCAAGAGCUACUUCAAACUGAGAAGAGGACUAUCGCAUCCAUAAAACGGUGUUUUUGUCUUCUCACUUGGGAUCUCCAAAUUUAUGCUCGUCCCAAUGUUGAAACUCUAAUACAAAUUGGAGUCCCUGAUUCCAACAUUGCAACCAUUCUUCACUACCAACCACGAGUGUUCUUGAUAAACACAGUCCGAUUCAAGGAGAUUGUAGAGGAAGUUAAGGAAAUGGGAUUCAAUCCUCUGCGACUGAAUUUUGUUAUCGCUGUUUUAGCCAUGCGAGCAAUGAGCAAAUCUACAUGGAGAAAAAAAGUUGAAAUUUACAAGAAAUGGGGAUGGUCUGAAGAAGAGAUUCUCUUCGCUUUUCGAAGGCAUCCAUGGUGUAUGAUGGCUUCCGAGGACAAGAUCAAUGGUGUAAUGGAUUUCUUUGUGAACAAGAUUGGAUAUGAAAUUUCAUACAUUGCAAAGCGACCUGCUCUGAUUUCACAUAGUUUAAAGAAGAGGAUUGUGCCAAGAGGCUCUGUUUAUCAAGUUUUGCUGUCAAAGGGUUUGAUUAAGAAAGAUGUGAAUCUUCCUUUCCUGUUUGAGGCUACUGAAACCCAAUUCUUAGACAAAUUCAUCGACCCUCAUAAGAAGCUGAUUCCUGAAUUGUUGAAGUUGUAUAAAGAGAAAUUGGAGGAUGCUAAGAGAUAGCAGGCAUUCUCUCAUAAUCCCCUUACCGCCGCUCGCUGUCACUCCUCCGCCUCCCAUUUUUCCCCUCCCCGCCGCUCGCUGUCGC